AUAAAAAUUUCCAACAAAAUGGUUAGGAGUUGUCGUUUCACUUACGUCAAUAAACUUUUUUCUGUUUUCGGUUGGAAAAUCCUUAAACCCCUUUUGCCAAAUCCUUUCUUUUGAGGGUUUAAGCCCCCCAAACUUCCACUUGUAGACUCUCAAAUUUCCCCCAAAAUCUAUUGACAAAUCCCCUGAAAAUGGCUGCUAAAUUCAUGUUUUCUAGAAUCUCUGCAGCUAAAAUCAACGCUCCCUCCCAAUUGUUAAACCGUCUAAUACAAUUCCCUGCUUCUUCAACUCCAUUGUCAUACCAUCUCCUAAAAUAUAUUCACACUUCAUUUCUUGAUAAUGCAUAUAACAAAAAACCCAGAAAUUAUUCAAGGAGUAUGGCAUCAAUCCCUGAUUAUAAUCUUCAGGAUUCCGCUUUGGGCUUCGAUUCUCGCGUUCCUGCUACUAUUAUUACUGGCUUUCUUGGCUCUGGCAAGACUACUCUGCUGAAUUAUAUUCUGACUUCUCAACACGGAAAACGCAUCGCCGUCAUAGAAAAUGAGUUUGGGGAGGUAGAUAUUGAUGGUUCUUUGGUUGCUAGUCACGCGUCUUCUAAUGAAGACAUUGUUAUGGUUAAUAAUGGCUGUUUGUGUUGUACUGUACGUGGAGAUUUAGUGAAAAUGCUGUUGGAGUUGGUUGAGAAGAGGCGUGACAAAUUUGAUCACAUAAUCAUUGAGACGACUGGGCUUGCAAAACCGGGACCUGUAAUUGAGACAUUUUGCAGUGAUGAGAUGGUCUCACAUCAUGUAAAACUUGAUGGAGUUGUAACAUUGGUGGAUUCUAAACAUGCCAUGAAGCAUUUGAAUGAAGUUAAACCAAGAUUUGUUGUGAAUGAGUCAGUAGAACAAGUUGCUUAUGCAGACCGAAUCAUUAUAAAUAAGACAGAUCUGGUCACUGAGGCUGACUUGGAAGUACUAACAAAGAGAAUCAGUCAUAUAAAUGGGAUGGCACAGAUAAAGCAAGCGAAAUAUGGAGUUGUUGACAUUGACUUCGUUUUGGGAGUAGGUGGUUAUGAUCUUGACAGGGUUGAAUCUGCUGUUCGAUCAAAUGAUUCACAAUGUGCUAGUCAUGAACACGCACAUGACCAUGAACAUCACGAAGGCCAUCAUCAUGAUCAUGAUCACAAUCACGUCCAUGAUUCUGCUGUGUCAAGUGUUAGCAUUGUUUCGGAAGGAACUAUUGAUCUUGAUGAGCUUGAUGACUGGCUUGAAAGAUUGAUUGAGGAGAAGGGAGAAGACUUGUAUAGAUACAAGGGAGUUUUAGCAGUUGAUGGUUCUGAUGAGCGCUAUGUUUUACAGGGUGUACAUACUAUGUUGGACGGAUGUCCAGGCAAAACAUGGGCUCCGGAUGAAAAGAGGAUAAGCAAACUAGUCUUUAUAGGACGCGAUUUGGAUGAAACAAAGCUAAGAAAGGGAUUUAAAGGAUGCUUAGUGUGAAAAAUUAUGUCUUCAUUUCUAAUAGCAGCUGGUUCUGGCAUUAACAAUCUGAUGAUACAUGAAGGUUUGACAUCCUGUUCUUGUUGAAGCUUUUGUGUUAAUAUAGAACUUCUAAAGUAUCACACAAGAAGAUUUAUUUAUUGGUGUUAAAGAGCAACUAAGCAUAGUGAUGUACACAAGAUUCGAUCCGAGGUCGGCUACCACCUAGUUUACCAACUAAACUAGAUUGACAUCUAUAUUAAACAAGUAGAUACUCCUUCCAUUUUUAUUUAA